CUACUGGUGACGCAGUCUUGGCCUGGCACCCAGCUCUCUGUGCCUCAGUUUCCUUGCCUGUAAGGACCAUGGCGGCGUCCCGCAGUCCCUGCGCUGCAGCUCUUCCUGCUGGCCGAGAUCCUGGGCCCAUGGGCAGGGCCUGAGGCGUUCUGCGGAGCAACAUGGGGCCUCUGCAAGUCUGGGGGCCUGCCCCGUGGAGACCAGAGCCGAAAGCCGACGCCCUGGGUCUGGCGCUGUGCCUCCUCCUCCUGAGAUGCCCCCGCAGCGCCCUGGCCCUGCCCCCGUGCAAAGAGGAGGAGUACCCGGUGGGUACUGAGUGCUGCCCCAAGUGCAGCCCAGGUUACCAUGUGAAACACGCCUGUGGGGAGCUGACGGGCACUGUGUGUGUGCCCUGCCCCCCGAGGACCUACACCGCCCACUACAAUGGCCUGAGCGAGUGUCUGCCGUGCCGAGUCUGUGACCCAGCGAUGGGCCUGGUCACCAGGCAGAGGUGCUCCAGCACAGAGGACAGCAUGUGUGGUUGUAGCCAAGGCCACUUCUGCAUUACAGAGGAUGGAGACCACUGCACUGCAUGCUGGCCCCACACCAUCUGCCGCCCGGGACAGAAGGUGCUGAAGAGAGGCACCGAGAGGCAGGACACGGUGUGUCAGGACUGCCCAGUGGGGACCUUCUCUCUCGCUGGGGACCAAGAGGAAUGUCAGCCCUGGACCAGGUGCAGUGGAUGACUAGUGACAGAAGCAGAACCUGGGACCAGCAGCUCAGACGCCACCUGCUCCUCCUCCUGGGUGCUGUAUCUUGUGGGUGUCCUUGUCAUUGCUGUUCUUCUUGGCACCCUUGGCCUGACCUGGAAGUGGGUGAAAAGGAAAAGGCUGCCAGACAAUGUGGUCCGGGCGAUGGUCUCUUUCCAGGGCAAGAGACGGGAGACUACAGAAGCCGAGGCCACGGUCACUCAGGCUCAGCAGUCCCCGCCAGACGUCACCACAGUGGCUGUGGAGGAGACGGCACCCAUAUUCGCUAUGAGGGACCAGAACCGCUGAUGAACAGGCUCUGGUACUAGACGUCUGAAACAUCUCAGGCUACACCUGCUGAAAGUGCUGUCCACCUGCCGAGACCUUGGGAGCCAGGGGAGCUGUGCCACCUGCUCUGGGCUUGCUUCAGCCUCCUGUCUGCAGAGGGAAAGAUGGGGACACUGCCUAGAGGGUGUAGACAUCCCGUGCCGUCUCCAUCAGUUAAAUAAGGGCCCAGAGCCCUCCCCUCACCCCCCAGGGCUGCCUGAGGAGCCCCAGGGCUCCUUCCAAGGUGCCCGUACUGUGAAGACAACAACAGCCACAUUUGCCUCCUCCCAGCCAGCCCUCUGCCUCUCCUCAGUCCUGCUGAGCGGGCUUUUCUGCAGGACGGCCUGUGGGCACUACCUCCCAGGGCUGGGACUAGACUAGGUGGGCCAUGGAUGUGGCAUUAAAUGAGUGUUCUCAUUUUUGUACUUGUAAUAAACAAGUGUAUUGCAGCAAGAUCCUUUGAGACUGUGCAGCUAUUGUGUUCCUCGUCACACUCUUAUGCACUGGUGAUUCUUGCCUGAACGGUGACUGCAUGACAGUCGCUGUGAUUCCGUCUUCUUUCCACCCUAGUUAGCGGGCAUGCCACUGAAGGGGAGCUGCCCUGUUAACGUGUUUCUGUAUGUAUUUAUUCACUUACUGAUUUUGCUUGUUGGAUUCUGAUUCAUCACUGUCGUUACUUAUCGUCCACGGGUUUUCUGUGGGCAUCCCUGUCCCUUCCAGCAGGUUCUGGGAUUCUUUGAUAUACACCCACCCAUUGUAGAUACAAAUAUAACUGUAGACACAGAUACGUGUGCACAGAUGGAUUGAUAAAGAUCUAAGAAUGACUUCACACCUAUGUCUGCAAUUCCAGACCAACGUGACCACGUGCAUUCUAGAUGCCUCUUUCUGCCGGUGUAACUCCCCGCCUGGCAGAUGCCUGUCCCCUCACUUGCUCAGCCCUGGCAGACAAAGAGAGCAGUCUCAGAACAGCUGCCAUGUGAGAAUCCCGCCAGCCAGUCGGGUUCAGUAUUUGUUUUCAGUUCUUUCUUUCAUUAGGUGUAGGGUUUGUAAACCAAAUACUGUGGAAAGUUCCAUGGGUUAGUUUUUAUCUUUUUCUUUUUAGUGUGGUUGUUUUAUUCUUUGCA